UCAUCUCUCACAUCUACCGACAUUUGAAAGUCCAUAUUCAAUUCUCCGUGUUACGUUCGCCACGCGGUUAUAUAUACAUAUUUUGUCCUUUAUCUUUAAAUCUUUCUAUAAAUUCUCAACUUCUUGAUUUGUUCUGAUAUCCAGAAGAUAUCUAUUUUUUCUGCAUAAUUUAUAUAGCUCACAGAGUUUCUUGAAGUUUUCUGCUUCUUACUGAAAAGGAUUCCUUGGAGUAAGUAAAGGCACAUUGACGUGCGGACAAUUUUGGAUAGGAAAGACAAAACUGCUUUUGUUGCCGGGGGAGAAGAAAAGAUGGAAAAGAAAGAACAUCAUCUCAAAGUUGAAAAUGAGAUUGAAAAGUCUGAUAAUUUGAAGGAGAAAGAGGAGGAAAAGAAGAUUGGCAAGGAAGAAAUGCAUGAAAAAGAAUUGAAGGAGAAAGAUAAAGAAAGUAAAGAGUCUGAAGAAAAGAAGAUAAAGAGCGGAGAAGAGUUCAAGAAAGGAUCCGAAGAAAAGAAGGAUAAGGAGGACAGGGAAAACAAUAACAAGAAGGAAAAGAAAGAGAAAAAGGAUAAAGAAAAGAAAGACAAGAGCAAAGAGGAGGAGUCAGAGGAAGAAACCGAGGAAGAGAAGGAUGAUGAACACGGAAAGAAGGAUAAAGAGAAGAAACACAAGAAAGAGAAAAAGGAUAAAGAGAUGAAAGACAAGAGCAAACGUGAGUCGAAAGAAGAAGAUAGCAAAGAAAUAGAGGAAGAGAAGGAUGACGGAGAAGGGGAGAAGAAACUUAAGAAGGGUAAGAAAGACAAAAAGGAAAAAGAGAAGAAUGACAAGAGCAUAGAGGAGUCAGAGGAAGAAAAGGAUGAUGAAAAAGGGGAGAAAAAGGAUAAAGAGAAGAAAGACAAGAAGGAAAAGAAAGAGAAAAAGAACAAGGAAGAGAAAGGCAAGAGCAAAGGGGAAUCAGAAGAAGAAACCGAGGAAGAGAAGGAUGACGAAAAAGGGAAGAAGAAGGAUGUAGAGAAGAAAUUCAAGAAGGAUAAGAAUGAGAAAAAAGAUAAAGAGAAGAAAGGCAAGAAAAACGAGAAAUCAGAUGAAGAAGACGAGGGACAGACCGAGGAAGAGGAUGAUGAAAAAGGGGUAAAGAAGGAUAAAGAGAAGAAAAAGAAGGAAACGAAAGAGAAAGAUAAGAGCAAAGAGGAGUCUGAGGAAGAAACGAAGGAAGAAAAGGAUGAUAAAAAAGGAGAGAAGAAGGAUAAAGAGAAGAAAUGCAAGAAGAAUAAGAAAGAGAAAAAGGAUAAAGAAACGAAAGACAAGAGCAAAGAGGAGUCGGAUGAAGAGGAAGAGAAAGAUGACGAAGAAGGGGAGAAGAAGGAUAAAAAGAAGAAACACAAGAAGGAUAAGAAAGAAACGAAGGAUAAAGAAAAGAAAGACAAGAGCAAAGAGGAGUUAGAAGAAGAAGAUAAGGAAAAAACGGAGGAAGAGAAGGAUGAUGAAACAGGGAAGAAAAAGGAAAAAGAGAAGAAAAGCAAAAAGGAUAAAAAAGAUAAAGAAAAGAAAGUCAAGAGCAUAGAGGAGUCAGAUGAAGAGGGCGAGCAAGACAAGGUGAAUGAGGCUGAAGUCGCCACAAGAGAGAUAAAAGUUGAGGAAGACGAAAAAAUAUCCGACGGUGAAGCAGACGAGAAAAGUAAAAAGAAGGAGAAAGGCAAAGAAGGUAAAGAUGAGAAACAAAAGGAUGCAAAAAAAGAUAACGCUGAGAAGAAGAAAAAACUUGAGGACAAGUAUAAAAGCAAAGGUCUGGAUAAGUUGAAAGCCAAGUUGGAGAAGAUCAAUGCCAAACUGGAAGCUCUUCAGAAGAAAAAAGCGGACAUCCUGAAGACAAUAAAAGAAGAAGAGGGUAAAAACUUAUCCGUGGUUGAGAAUCCCAAAGAUGCAAAGGCAGAAGAUGGAGUAGUGGACGAACAGUGAGUAGUGUAUUUUCAUAAUUAUGUUACAUAUUCUUAUACUGCUGUUAUGUAUCCCUUUCCCUUCUACUUUCAUUUAGAGAUGUAUUAUUUUUGUCUUAAUUAAGUUAAAAGUAAUUAGAGAUGUAAUACUUGCAUUAAGUUUUUGACCUUUUGCAAUUCAUCUUUCUUAAAAAAAUUCACUUCCUUCUGUCUUGCUUUGUGCCCAUCUUAGUGUAAAGUUGUUAACAUGGGGCAGGCAGCAAAGGCAAAAAAUUGCUUCCUAGGCAUAUUAGUCUAUGUCAUGCAAUGACAUUUGAA